AUGUCUCCUAUCCCUUGGCACGGACAACCGAGAAGUCUAGUGGGAGUCAUGAAUCGUGCCGAAGGCGCCACUAACCUUGGAAACCCCAUUGUUGGCGACGUCGGACUGGAGAUCGGAGUAAUAGGCGAUAGGGAGUUGUUGGAGUUUCAGGUCGGUGGAUCGAAUUGCGCUAGGGGCGCGACAAUCGAUUGUGACUUCAAUCAUGGGGGCGAUGAUGGAUGGGAAGACUCAUCUGAAGACAACGAGCUUGCCUUCCAUUCGUCGGGAUGUUGGUUAGUCGCUGAAAGAGUUGCCGGAAAAGGAAAAGAAAGAAGGGGGCAGCAGUGGGUUCCUUCCAUCAGCAAAUCCUAA